UUAAUUUGAAAAAAUCUGUGGAAUUGCGUGGGACAUUUGUGGGGCACGUACGGGAAUUGAAAAAUAUACAACAAACGGGGUAAAGCUAGAAAAAAGUGACGCAAAUUGUUAUUGCGAAAGUGCGGACGCAGAAAAAAAAGCAUGUUUGAUGAUGUUUUUUUUUCAUUGUUACGCGAACGUUGGCCAUCUGAUAGCGGGUAAAAUGGUUGCGUAAAACUUAAAAUCGAAUCGAAAACCUUGGAAAGUGACUCUUCCGCCGGUUCUAGAACCGUUUCUUCUUCGUCGUUUACGCGGUGAGAAGCGAGGCGAGGUGCUCAAUUAUUUGGUGGAGGGGAAGAAAGAAAUGCUUUCUUCAAUGACCUAACUGAUUUGACCGACAUUUUACGGCCCCCUCUUUCCACUUCGCCCAAGAACCCAUUGGUUAAGUUGACUGCGCAACAGAUAUACAUUCGGUACUCCAGUGUGCACCUGUCCUCGAGGCAUAUUAUAACUAAAUCAAUUGUUCCGUGCUGCAGUGCUUAAUUUUUUAAUACUUUAAUUAAGUUUUUUUUUAUUUUUAUUCCGGCGACCAGAAUGAAGUUGUCGUUUAUAUUCGAGCUUCUGUUGAUAUUUGUAUUCCUGGCGUUCGCCGCAUCGAGGGUAAUCGAUUCCGAAGGGAGUCAUCUUCGAGGUGCCCGCAGGGCGGUCGCCAGCACCAAAUUAUCCCACAAAAAUCGACAAACAGACCAAAACCAACCUAACCGAUAUUGCAGCUGCAACGCAAAAUUAUGCAACUGUUGCCGAGAUUUUAACAUUCCCGUCGUUUCACUUCGAGGCCCAGGAUGCGCUUCGCUUCAAUACCUCAAUGGUGAUAAACUUGCCAUAUCCAUGAGUUUCGGAGAGCGAGUUUUAACCAACACCACCAUUUCUGGAAGAAGACCUAAACCCAUUUGUAUGCCACUUCCUGGAGGUGUCUCCAAAUUUUGCGGAAGAGUUUACAACAUAAAGCGCCAAGGAGAAGAUUUCAACGCUUGCCUCGGUUUGGAAUUACGAGCUUUGAACGACAUCGAAGCUGCUCUAAGAGUAUCUUGCUUCAAAUUUGGCGCCGACGGUCUUAAAGUACAACCACCUCAACCUCUCCCCGCCGUAGAAGAAGACAACGACGACGACGACGACGAAGACGACGACGACGACGAUUACGACGACGAAGACGACUUCGAUUUCGACGAUGACGAAGACGACGACGACGACGAAGAAGACAACGACGUCGAAGCAGCCGAUUACGAAUCUUUCAGCCUCUUAGACGAUGAUUUCAUCGACGGAUUAUUCGUUGGAGAAGCCGAAAGCGACGGAGAUGAUGAUGUCAAAAAACCAGUUAAAAAAAUAACAUCAACCAAAGCUCCCCUUAAAAACGCAUCAACAAGAAAACCAUUAAGAAGAAAAGUUACUCCUAAAGCAACCACGCCCAAACCGAAAAUUACAACCACCACGAAAAAAAUCGUUACGAAAAAAAUCAUUGAAACAACCACCAUUCCAAAUUUACAAGCUGUACAAAUGAUCCAAGUACCAGAACCUCCCAAUGAAGUUGAACAACCAACCAAAGAUAUCAAAAACGACACAAUUAAUGAUACCACAAAAGAAAAUAAUAAAAUAAAUGAUACAUUAACCGACAAAAUGAGCGAAAUAAUAAAUGUUAAAAUAAACGAAAUUCCAGAUGAUGCCAAAACAAACAAAACAGUAAUUCACGACACUCCAAUAACAAUAACUUCUUAUGAAGCCACAGUCCAAGUUGUAACCGAUUCCACACCAAUUCCCGCCGAUGAAACAACAUUGAAAGUUGAAACAACAACGGAAGACGAAUACAUAGAAGAAGGCGAAGAACCAGAACAAAAUUACAUAAUCAAAAAUGAAGAGGAAGAUGAAUCCGAAGAGGAUCCAAUAACUUCAAUGGUCGAAGAUGUUUUAGAUGAUGAUGAAGACGUUAAAUCAAAUGCGACAAAAAUCGAAGAAUUAAAGGUUAACACCAACAUUACUGAUAAAAAGGAGCCUAAAGAUGUUGUUGAUGAUGUUAUUGAUGGAGUCGCUGAUAUCGUUUCCGACGAUGAUAGCGAGGAGAAUAGUAAAGAUGAUGAUAAAAAGGACGACGAUGACGAUGAUGAUAUCUUUGGGGACGAUGAUGAUGAAGAUAGCGAAGAAGACGAAGACGAAGAUGACGAAGAGGCUAGAAGCGGAAAAUUUAGACGUUCUAGGCAAAGCAAAGAUAUGCGUAGUUAGAGAAAUCACCUUAAUUUAUGAUUAUUUAUUUAUUUAUUUGUGUUUUUUU